AGGAGGAGGAGAGAGCCGCGGUUACUGCGUACAGUGAGCUCGCCAGCUCCGCUCAUCAGUGAAGACAAAACAAGUCUGAGAACCCCUCAACCCCCCCCUCAAAAAAAAUUGUAAAUCUACGGGAAAAAGAAACGUUAAAAUAUGCCCAGCUGACUGUGAUUUUUCUGCGGGAGAAGUGGAUCUCUUUACAAACACCAUCUGAAGACAGGAGGUCGGCGGAGGAUCGGCGCGGCGGCGGAGGAGAAGGACCGUACAGAGAAACGUGGUAGUAGAGUGUCCACAGGCUGCGAAGAAACUGUUUUUAAAACAAACAAAAAAAGGAACAGAUUGAAUCUCUCUGGAUGUAUACGGACUUGUUUCUGACACCACGGACUGUGGCUGAACUGUGAACUAAAGAGAGGUUUAAAGUUGUCACAGGAGGAAUAAUAGACGCACCCUGCAGACAAGAGGAUCCGCAUCUUAAUAAUUUGCGUUUUUUUACAUGGCAGACGCAAGGAUUUUUGGACAAAAUAGAAACCGGUUAAUACUUUUGUCUGCUUAAAACGAGCAGAAGGGACGUUUUUUUUGCAGCUGAAACUGUUUUUUUUUUCUUUCAUUGUGUUUUUUAUUUUAUUUCUUCUAUCCGGGAUGGUUAAAAUGAGCAAGAGAGCGGAUUUACAUGACUGGGACAAGUUGUAAUAUUUCACCGUCAUCACAAGAAGCUGUUUGCUUUAAAAGAAAAUCACAAAACAGACUGCAAAACCAAAGAGGAUCCAAAAGCCCUUGCUUUGAUUUUAUUCCUUGCUUUUUCGAUAUUACUGAGAAGAGAAAUACCUCAUAAUUUAUUAUACCUGGAAAGUCAAAGCCCUUUUCGAACCAAUCAAAGGAAAGUUAAACCUUUUUCUUUUGUGGCUUCUGCCUCGCUUUCCUCUCAAUAUUUCAAAACAAAGCAACAACAAAAAAGGAAUAACAUCUGAACAGUUUCCCGCACUAUCUAGCAAAGGCUUUAUCAUUUUGUUCCUCCAAAAUAAUGAGGAUUUAGACGAUAUAAAACCUGCUUCACAAACUAUCUGGUGUGGAUUAUCACCGCUACAAUUACCUCAGCUUGACCUCGACCUUCACAAAGUAGCAGAGUGCAGAAGGCUGGAACAAUGCCAGAUUCACCUGCGGAUGUAAAAGCCCAACCCAGGUCCACCCCACCCACCAUGCCUCCUCCACCCCCGGCGGUCAGCCAAGCAACCAAUCGCACUGCUUCAUUUACACCUGCUACCAGUAAAUCAAUGCUGAAUGGGAGCAGCCACUCUCCUACAUCACUGAACGGUGCUCCUUCCACUCCCAACGGCUUCAGUAAUGGGCCGGCCAUGUCGUCGACGGCCUCGCUCUCCAACCAGCAGCUCCCGCCGGCUUGUGGUGCCCGGCAGCUCUGCAAACUGAAGCGCUUCCUGACCACGCUGCAGCAGUUUGGCAACGACAUAUCGCCAGAGAUUGGGGAGAGAGUGCGCAGCCUUGUGCUUGGGCUGGUGAAUUCCACUCUCACCAUCGAAGAGUUUCACUCCAAACUUCACGAGGCCACCAACUUCCCUCUGAGGCCAUUCGUCAUCCCCUUCCUGAAGGCAAACCUGCCCCUGCUGCAGAGAGAGCUGCUUCAUUGUGCCAGGUUGGCCAAGCAGACUCCAGCUCAGUAUCUGGCCCAACACGAGCAGCUUCUCUUGGACGCCAACGCCAGCUCACCCCUCGACUCCUCCGAGAUCAUGCUGGAGAUGAACGAGCACGGCAAGAGAAGGACCCCUGACAGGACCAAAGACAGCUCAGAGAGAGAUGGGUUGCACCCAGAGCACAUGGCUAAAAGGCCCUGCACCAUCAGCCCCAGUCAACGCUUUAGCCCCAGCACAGGUCUCCCUGCUCAUCCGCCUCCCAACGGCCUCACCACGCACCCUCCCAACGGCCUGCCCCACCCACCAAACCCCCAAGUGGGACCCCAACACUAUCGCUUAGAAGACAUGGCCCUGGCACACCAAUACAGAGACGCUUACAGACAUAAUGAGCACCGUGACGCCCGAGACAGGCACCGGCAGACAGCAGUGCAUGGAGCCCGCCAAGAAGAGGUGAUCGACCACCGUCUUACAGAUCGAGAGUGGGCAGAGGAAUGGAAGCACCUAGAUAAUCUCCUGAACUGCAUAAUGGACAUGGUGGAGAAGACGCGCCGCUCUCUGACGGUGCUGCGCCGCUGCCAGGAGGCCGACCGCGAGGAGAUGAAUCACUGGAUUCGGCGCUACAGCGACGUGGAGGAGAUGAAAAAAGGUGGGAGCAACGGACAGCACUGCCUUCCUCCUCCUCCUCCUCCUCCUCUUCCUCCUCCUACUCCUCUCCACAACUCCUCCUCCAACACAGCUAGCAGCAGCGAGUCACUGCCCAUAGGAACUUCCUCGGCUGCUGAAAGGCAGACAGGCAGACAGACAGAGAUCCACAGAGACUUCUUACACAGGCCUCCCUCAGGAUACCUGCCAGAAGAAAUCUGGAGGAAAGCUGUUGUUUUUCAUACAGGUACUACAAGCAUCCCGCUCUCCCCAGCACUAAAGCACCUCCAAAACAGGCAGGAGGAGGCAGUGAAUGAGGUGAAGCGACAGGCGAUGUCAGAGCUGCAGAAGGCGGUGUCGGAUGCUGAGAGGAAAGCUCACGAGAUGAUUUCAGCCGAACGCUCUAAAAUGGAGAGGGCGCUGGCCGAAGCAAAGCGGCAAGCCUCUGAGGACGCACUAACAGUCAUUAACCAGCAGGAGGACUCCAGUGAAAGCUGCUGGAACUGCGGGAGGAAAGCCAGUGAGACGUGCAGCGGCUGCAACACGGCUCGCUACUGCGGCUCCUUCUGCCAACACAAAGACUGGGAGAAGCACCACCAUGUCUGUGGUCAAGGCCUGCAGGGGAUGCCAGGGGGCAGCAGCGUUCCCCUGGGCACCCCCUCCUCCUCCUCCACCUCCUCAGCGUCCUCCAGUGCGCCCCCCACCCACUCGGAGAGCACUCCUCCAGGAGCCCUGUCCUUGGCGGGCCAGAGCAGUCUUGCGGGAGGGGCUGGCAGCGGCAGCGGAAGUGUCUCUGCCAGCCCCAAGGAGAGCAGUUCCAGCAGUGCCUCUCGCUCCACAACUCCAGCUACCCCCGCCCUACUGGAUGCCACCUCUCGCUGACGUCUGACCCUCGUCCCCUCCCUGCAUACUGAUGCGACGGUGCCCACACUCCACACAAAACCAAACUGAGGAAUCUUCAUCGCACACUGCUCCCUUUCCUCCUCCCCCACCUUAGUCCUUAUUUCCCUCUUAUCCUACACUCUUCUGAAAAUCCUCUCACUACCUGACGAUAGACUGCUUUUCUCAGCUUGUCACCUUCCCCUAAAAAAACACUUUUUCUGUCUUUUUCUCUUUCACAACCACAAAGAUUCCAGCCUGGGGUUCAGUGUAGUGGAAAGCAUGAAAAGCGUCUCCUAUCUCUGUGUGAAGUCACAGAAACAUAUCGGAUGUGUUUGCUGAAAACAUGACUUGAAAAUGUGACAAAGAUGUGUCCUCAGUAAUGUAAGCACGUUAAAUACUGUCCGCCUAAGGACACAAGACAAGGGCUGUGGUGAGGCAACAUUGAUGGAGGGAUGACUAGGCUGAUUAGCACUUGGAUUGGAUUGCCCUUUAAUUUAGCACCGAUGAGAGAACAGCACCCAGCCCUGAGAUGUGCAUUACCAGUGCAGACAGUUCACUGAUGUGGCACUUAUUCUCCAGUGUCCUAACAGAGACGGGCAAGGACAAAAUACCUUUUUUUCAAAUGGAUGAGGGAAGGGGAAAAACCUGUGAUGCGAUUAAUUCCUCAGAAACCCAGCUUAGUAUUUAUUAAAUGUUUCUUUCUGGCUUUAAGGGAAAAUAAAGAAAAGUCCAAAUAUUCUAAAUAAAGAAUAGUAGUGCUGAUGCUGAUAAUAAAAUGAUAUGAAAUAAAUUAAUUUUAAACUGCUAACUACCUUGCUAGCGAGCCAAGAAAAUCUACACCGGACUCACCUCUCUGCACCAUUGUGAACCCAAAUGAAUUCAAAGAUGAAAAAUAUCAUGAUCCAAACCUUUGUAUUACACUGCCAAAGUGAGUAAGUAAGCGAUAAGGAGAAGCAUCUUAUAACCAAACGCAAAGCAACAUCACCUCCUCAGCAGAUAAGCCAGCCCUGGGAGGACCAGGCUGCAGAGACGCUGCAGAACGGGACCCAGAGGUAGUCAGAUGUUUAGAGAAAAAACUGAUCUGCAGCUGCCUCCUGCAGUCUGGACAAGCGAUUCCUCAGUGAUGGCCCAGACUAGUGAAUAUGGACAAUGCUGUGAACUUGCCUACAAGAAAGACUUAAUGAAAAUGGAUGGAAACCCUGCCACAGUGUGAUUUUUUUGUGAAUGGUAACAGAGAGGAUAAAAGAGGAAAAGGGAAAAGCCUCAAAGAAGAUAUGACAUGGCAACGGAGCUGCCAAAAACCUCAAAAACAAGCUUGAAAACAUUGUCCGAGAACGCGUUGCGUACAACAGAGACGUAUGAGAAGAUUGUUUGUAAGUCGUUUUUUUAAAGCUCCACAAGCGAGGAGAUAUUUCAAGGAAUUGCUUUUACCUUUACAUUCACUCCCUCCUUUUCCAAAGCAUGAUAAACAGAUGAAAGAGCCUAGUAAAGGGCGGUGUAGACUUGGUUCUCCUCUCUCUUUCUACCUCCCCUCACCCCACACCUCCCUUCUACGCUCUUCCCCCGACUACUUGACUCAAGUCUGCCCCUUAAACCCCAGCCUGCUUUGGACAGAGCCUCGGAGCAGUCACGUGGGAAGGGUUCGAACCUGCUUGUAGAUAUUGUUCCUCUUUUCAAAUUUCAAUAAUGUCUCUUGUCGCUGAUGUCCACAUGUGCUGCCCUUGUGUAUAUUCAGAAAGACGGACUUUGUUUUUGUUUUUUUUUUUCAUUUUCCUCCUUUAAGUUUGGGCUGAGCAGUGAAGUCAGAGCACUUGCUUAUGAGAGGAAGCCCCACAUUGUACUUAUUGUUUGAUUUGUUGUAUCUAUAUUAAUGAGAUGAAACCCCUCUUGUAGAAUAUUUUGUAUUGCUCGCAUUGUAAGACAGUGAGAGGACGGAGGUGCAAUAUGAAGAGAAUUCAGCUACUGAAUGGAACCUCAGCAACUGCCCAUAGGGUGUCAUAUAAUAUAGAUACAUAUAAAUAUAUUUAAAGUAACAUCAGUAACUUAAUGUGAAUGUACAUAGUAUUUAAAGAGGUCCAAAAAUGUGUUUGCCAAAUAACAGAAACCUUUAAAGUUUAAUGUCCAGAAUAUGAUUUUCUCACAGUACAUUUAGUUCUCAAAUUUAGCCAUUUUUUCUUUUUUUUUUCUUUCUCUCUCUCUCAUACAAGUUUUCAAUUUUCACUCAAAUCAAAGUGUCAUGUGACCCUGAGUGGAGGAGACUGUUGGUAACAGAGGUAAAGUGGUUUCAUGCGUCACCAUGCAUGCAGCUGAAAAAAUGGAUGAAAACAGAUUAAGGGUGGAUAGACACUACAAGACUUGCAUAGCAUUUUCUAUAUUAAUUAAUUAAUCAAUCAAUUAGGCCUUAAUUUACAAUAUUUGAAAAACCAACAUUGUACUGCACUAAGACAAAAACUAUUGACAAGUAAUACAAUGUUUAUGUUUCACUUAAGUCUUCUCAAUUUGAACGAGAUGCAGCAGUUAGGACUAAAUGUUGUCAUGCUUCAUUCACCCCAGGUCAGUUUACAUCCUACAGGAGGCACCUCAACAGUGUGUAUUGACAAAAAUCAGCCUGAAUAUACAAAUUUGGCUUAUUCACACCAAAUUUAGGAACUAUCAAACUUGAUCACGUCAAAGGGUUUGUUUCCACCACUUUAGGGACCCCUCUCUCUCUUGGUCUUCAUCAGCCUGUGUGUGUGUGUGUGCGUGUGUGUGUGUGUGUGUGUGUGUGU